AUGUACAAAAUCGAAGUCUUUGUUUGGAAGAAGAUGAAAAUGAACACUGAGUUUUCCUUGAAACCUCCUUGCUCGAUUAAAGAAGAAGAUGUACUUGGAGAAAGAGAUAUUCCUGGUGCUUAUGAGCAAGCAUUCAAAUUUGACUUAGUUGGAGAUGAUGUUGAGGACUCAAAUUCUGAUCUGGAACCUCUUAUUGAAGGUAUGGUUGAUGUAAAGUUGCCCAAAGAGACUUUGUUGUGCAUUAGGGAACCUUGGUCUAAGGCAUUGAUAGUAAAAGUGUUUGGUAGAACUGUUGACUACAACUACCUCACUUUUAAAAUCAAUGAUUUAUGGAAACCUGCAGCUAAAUUGGAUUGUGACCACUUGGGAAGGGAUUUCUUCUUAAUUAGAUUUAACUGUGUUGAUGAUUAUGUCAAGGUUUUAAAAGGGGGUCCUUGGUUUGUUGGAGAACACUUUUUAGCUAUCAGAUCAUGGGAGCCUUAUUUUAAAGCUUCAGAAGCUAAAUUGUCCUCUGUGGUAGUUUGGGUAAGAUUUCCAAAACUCCCUAUAGAGUUCUAUGACAGGUCAAUGCUCAAAGAGAUUGGCAGUGUUAUUGGACCUGUGUUGUGUAUUGAUUCAUACACUGUAUCAGGGACUAGGGGGAGUUAUGCAAGGUUGUGUGUUCAAGUUGACUUAGAGAAACCCCUUAUUAAUGUAGUAAGAAUUGGCAAGUGCAGGCAAGCGGUGCUGUAUGAAGGCAUUUCUGCCUUAUGUUUCAGUUGUGGUCGUUUGGGUCAUACCCAAGGCAAUUGUUGCUAUAGUAUCAAACCAUGUGAAAAGGGUGGAGAGGUUGCAGAAGCUUCUAAAGAUCAAAAUGUUAGUCAGCCUAGGGAUGUCUCUAAAGUCUAG